UGUCAAUCAACCAGCGAAAAAAGUCAAAAGUCCACAAAACAAAAGUAGGAGGACCAAUUUGAAACUUCUAUAAUUACCUAAAAGUAGUAUAACGGCUCGAAUAAUCAUUUCCCAAUCAAGCGAAAAUAAUAUAUUCUUCUCCUCUGCUUCUGCUACACUUCUGGCGUAAACCUUUGAACAACCUUCCAAAUCGGUCGUCCAUGGCAGCAGCUCUCCUUCAGGUGCUCUUCUUACAGGGGUUGUAGGAUCCUUGUGUUACAUAAAUGGGUCAAAAGCUUCAUUCUUUAAUGGAAACCAAGAGACUGGUGUACCUUGUAGCAGUGGUAUUUGCUGUUUUUAUGAUGUUCCAGUAUUUAGAGUUUCCAUAUGGUGAUGUUAUAUCAUCUUUAUUCUCUGCAAACAGUGCACAAAAACUCAAAAAUGGAAGCUUCCCAACUAAAGAUUCAUCUCAAAUCCCUCAAAUUGUUAAAAACAUCACUCAUUUUCAUGGAUCUAGUUACACAAAGCCUGUUAGUAUACCUUCAAUUCUUCUUCCACCAUCAAUUUCACCAUCUCCACCAAUAACAUUGAAUACUACAACACAAAGUGAUCCUAAAAAAGACAUAGAUGCAUCAAAAUCUUUCCAUGAUUUUGAUAAAUCAUCAUCUGCAAAUGAAGUUGCUCAAGUUAAGGGAAGUAAUGAUCAUGGGACAAUGGGGGAAGUAGUGACAAUUUCAGAGAUGCGUGAGAUGUUAGGUCAUAAUCGUGCUUCAUUUCGUUCAAUGAAACCAAGAUGGUCUUCAGCAGUUGAUCAAGUAUUAUUGGAUGCAAAAUUUCAGAUCGAGAAUGCUCCUGUCAUUGAAAAUGAUCUCACACUUGAUCCUUCCCUUUAUGUUAAUGUUUCAAGGUUUAAAAGGAGCUAUGAAUUAAUGGAAAAAACACUCAAGGUAUACAUAUACAAGGAGGGAGAAAAGCCUAUAUUUCAUCAACCACAAGCAGUGCUUAAAGGAAUAUAUGCAUCUGAAGGAUGGUUUAUGAAACACAUGAAAGCAAGCAAACAUUUCGUCACUAAAAAUCCAAAAGAAGCACAUCUUUUCUACUUACCUUUUAGCUCAAGAAUGUUGGAAGAAAAAUUAUACGUUGUUGAUUCUCACACUCACAAAAACUUGAUUCAGUAUUUGAAGAAAUACCUUGAUUUAAUUUCUGGAAGAUACAAUUUCUGGAAUAGAACUUCUGGAUCUGAUCAUUUCCUUGUUGCAUGUCACGAUUGGGCCCCAUCUGAAACAAAGAAAUACAUGAACAAUUGCAUUCGCGCAAUGUGCAAUUCCGAUGUCAAAAACGAAGGAUUCGAAUUAGGAAAAGACGUUGCAUUACCUGAAACAACGAUUCAAUCAGCAAAAAAUCCAUUAAAACAGUUCGGUGGUCAACCGCCUUCAAAACGGUCAACCCUCGCCUUUUUCGCCGGCCGAAUGCACGGAGACCUCCGCCCAAUUCUCCUACGCUAUUGGGAAAACAAAGAUCCUGAAAUUAAAAUCUUCAAAAAACUCCCGAAAUCCAAAAACAAUAAAAACUAUAUCGAAUACAUGAAAUCUAGCAAGUUUUGUAUAUGUGCUAAAGGGUAUGAGGUCAAUAGUCCAAGGGUAGUGGAGGCUAUUUUCUAUGGGUGUGUUCCCGUGAUUAUUUCGGACAAUUUUGCCCCUCCGUUUUUUGAGGUUUUGAAUUGGGAAUCGUUUGCGGUUUUUUUGAAGGAGAAAGAUGUUCCGAAUUUGAAGAGUAUUCUUGUGUCGAUUUCGGAUUCGAGUCACUCUAAUAAUCGAUCAUUAUGCACAUAUACGCAUGAACUCUGUAAUUAA